UAUGCAAGUGCCAUAGAUAACUUUCGAAGCUAUGAUACCAUUAUCAAGGACAUAAUUCAGAGGUGGACUUAUCCAUUUGUUCCGGAUAUACUCAGUGGAAGUACUGCAAUAAAAGUUGAGAGGCAGGGAACUUACCGAGCAUCUGAUGUCACAUUGUCACGUUCUGCAGACAUAGGUUCGUUCACUUUCAUUGGGCAAGGCACCAAAAUAGGGAAUGACACAAAAAUCUCCCAUUCUGUUGUUGGAGAAGGGUGUACUAUUGGAUCAAAUGUCACAAUAGAAGGCUGUUAUAUAUGGAAUGAUGUUACCGUUGAAGAUGGCUGUCAGUUAAGGCAUGCAAUUGUAUGUGAUGGUGUAAUAAUGAAGUCAGGAACUGUUUUGCAACCUGGAGUUAUUCUAUCUUUUAAGGUUGUAGUUGGACAACAGUUCAUUGUUCCUGCAUAUUCCAAGGUUUCUUUACUUCAACGGCCAACCCACCUAGAUAGUGAUGAGGAAUUGGAAUAUGCUGACAGUACUAGUGGCACUGGGGAGUUUCGAUCGGAUAAAUUGAACGGGAACAUUACACCCGAUUUAUCUGAGACAGCAUAUGAGCUUGGCACCGGCGGAGUUGGUUAUAUUUGGUCAGUCUUUGAAGGAGUGCAAGAUGAAGAAUGGAGGCAGUCAGUUGCGCCUAUUCCCACAGAUAAACUGGUUAAGCUAAUGCUGGAGAAAGAUGAGGACGAGGAACAGUUAACUCAAGAUGGGAAUGUUCUCUCAGCUUCAGGAGAGCUGAAAGCUGAUUCUGAUGAUAAUGGUUCUGAAGAUGAUGAUAAUGAGGACUCUGGAGAUGACUAUGUAUUCUUUGAGAAAGAGGUGGAAGCUACCUUUUUAAGGGCUGUUAAUGAAAAUGUCAAAGUAGACAAUGCAGUCUUAGAGGUGAAUGCACUUCGAUUGUCUUACAACAUGGCAUCGGUCAACUGUGCUGGAGCGAUAUUUUACUCAAUGAUGAAAUUGGCAGUAGAAUCUCCCCACAAUUCUGCUAGUGAACUGCAUAAAAAUGCCGCGGAUAUAAUCUCAAAAUGGCAAAAGCUUUUGAAGUCUUUCCUGCACGAUAUAGAUGAGGAGAUUGAGGUCAUCUUGAAAUUUGAAGAAAUGUGCCUAGAAUCUGCUAAGGAGUUUGCCACGUUAUUUCCACAGAUUUUGCAUCUUUUAUAUGAUAAAGAAAUUUUACAAGAAGAUGCUCUUUUGAGGUGGGCUGAUGAGAAGGAAGGAGCGGAUGAAGCGGAUAAAGUGUUUCUCAAGCGUUCUGAAAAAUUUAUACAGUGGUUGAAAGAGGCUGAAGAAGAAGAUGACGAAGAGUGAGAUAAGCACGAUUCCAAGUGUUAUUCUUUUUAUAAUAUUGUGCAUCAAUGAUCGACAAACGAUCAUGACUGUUUAGCUCAUGCUUUAGAAAACGGGCGGAUGCUGGUAUCAUGGAAAAAUUUCUGCCAUGGCCUUUAACCAUAGUCCUCUGUUUGCAAGUUUUGUUUUUUGUUUGUUAUGUGGCUAAUAAAGUCAUUCCAGUUUGACACCAGAAGUGUUGUAUUUG